AUGGACGAUGCCAGCGAGGAAUCGGAGGACGAAGCGCUACAAGACUCCCUUUUUGAGGCACUUUGUACACCAGAGCCGCAGCCGGAGCCCACGCCCAGCUUCUCUCCGCAACCAGAGCCAACUCCAUCUCCAGUGCAGCCGGAGCCGCCAUCAUCGCCCAUCCGGCCAGCAGAGGAAACCAACUUUGAAGAACUCUUCGAGAUAUUGCGUGCAGGCUUCGACCCCCCAAGCAAGCCCUCAGAGCCCUCAGAGCCGGAGCAAGCGCUCAAACGGAGCGAUUGCGCCAGUCCGGAGGACAAAGACAAGGCCAACUUGAGUGCCACUGUACAUAGUCCACCCUCCACCAGGCCUGCGAAGCGCCCCCGGUCGGAUGGAGUGCAGGCGUUGGUCCCGGCCUGGGGCGAAUAUGAUGGCCCGCCACCGCCCGACAAGGUUGCUGAUGCUUAUCGAUUGCUGAAUCUCUCCUUGUCAUCCUCACGCAAGGAGGUGCAGAAGAGAUUUCGACACCUCGCCCGCGGCUGCCAUCCAGACAAGGCCAAGGGAGAUCAGCGGGUACGUGCCACACGAAUGUUUCGGCAACUUCAAGAUGCCAAGGGCCUCAUCCUCUCCUGGCUGGAUCAGCGUGCAGCGCCGCAGUUGGAGGAGUCCGACGACUCCUUCUGCUUCGACACUGAUGAUGAGUUCGAUGAAGACGCCUUGAGGCCUGAUGACGUGGUCUUCGGAGAAGCCGGGGAUGUCAUGGGCGAGUUUGAACACGAUGGAUCUGGAAGCGAGCUUGAGCGUGAGGAGGAGAAGGCUGUGGGUGUCCAUCGAGCAAGGGGAGACUCUCCUGCUACCGAAUCUAGUGAGGAGAGUGCUGAUGGCAAGGCUGAGACCGCCUUGGCCCUCCGCUGCAGAGGUUUGAUCCGCUCCCAGGACGCACCGCUGGUCCAGGCCACCGCGUUGAGCCAUUUCAUGGCCAACAAGAAACCGAUGUUCCGCACCUGCGCCGAGUGCUUUCGACACAAGGCCAGCAAAGGAUCGGACCUGUGUUCUUCCUGCGACCGAGAGCAGCGACAAUUGCAGAGAUAUUUGGGACGAUCGAGAUGA